AUGGACUCCUGAGCGUGUCAUUUUUGGAUUACGCGCUCUAUUCUUCAGCGAAACUUCCCCUGCACGGGUAAUUGAUGCUCAUGUACACUCCACCAUGAGUGUCGUCCAAUACCUCAAACAGUGCUAUACACUAGAGACACUCGACACGCGAUUCACGAUCCCCUCGAAUGUCCCCCCUCGACGAGCUGCACCAGACCCUGGGUUCGAGACAGCAAGCACUUCGACAUCUACUUUAGAAAUCCAGGAGGCAUCUUCAAGAGCUACGGGCACUGUGCCGAGAGCGAAGGCAUCACAAUGGAAUACAUUUGAAUACUACAUAUAUUAUGCUGUCGUUUGUGUGGCCGUGUUUUUCAUGUUCAAGUCUACCAUUGACGUCUCGAAAUCAACACAUCCAAACUAUGGUAAAUACGAGCGCCUGUUGUCGAACGGCUGGUUCUUUGGCCGCAAAGUCGACAAUUCAGACGCUCAGUACGCUUCGUUCAGAGACAACUUCCCGUACAUGGUCCUCCUGAUAAUCGCCCAUCCUAUUCUGCGAAAAUACUACGACAAAUUCUGCAGGGCCGAUACCUACACCAAACCAUCAAAUUCUUCGAAUGGUCUGACGCAGGGUCUAUCAGCUGCCGCGGCGGCGGAUGCUAGGCUCGAACAGCGGAUUUCAUUCGACAUUAUAUUCUCUGGCCUCCUUAUAACAGUCCUACAUGGAUUCUCAGCAUUCAAGAUUGUCUUGAUUCUGUAUUUGAAUUACAGCAUAGCUAAGCGUACUACAACCCGUUAUAUACCCCUUGCAACCUGGACUUUCAACAUUGGUCUUCUCUUCGCAAACGAGUACUAUAAAGGCUACUCAUAUGCCCGUAUAUGGAACAGAAUUUUCCCGCCCCCAUUGGGUCUCUCUGUUGAUGAUCCCCUGUUUCCUAAAAACUUUGGCGCCUCGCUGGACAGUUAUGGAGGUCUAGUUUCGCGGUGGGAAGUCUUGUUCAACAUUACGGUGCUUCGCCUUAUAAGCUUCAACAUGGACUACUACUGGAGUAAAGCUGAUAGCGGAGGAGAAAGCCCAAUUCAUAAGAAAGGACUUGACCCUUCUAACCUGUCUGAACGCGAUCGUGUCAAGAUUCCAGCACGUGUCUCUGACUACAACUUCUCCAACUACUUUGCAUAUGCCCUAUAUGCUCCGCUCUACCUCACCGGUCCGAUCAUCACAUUCAAUGACUUCCUCUCACAACUCCGCUACCGUUCCCCGAGUAUCACCAAAGACAGGACAAUCAUGUACGGCGUGCGGUUCGUUGUUGUCCUUCUCACCAUGGAAAUCAUGAUACAUUUCAUGUACAUGGUUGCCAUAUUCCACGCCAAGCCAGACUGGAGUGCAUACACCCCUUUCCAACUCAGCAUGCUCGGCUACUUCAACUUGAACCACAUCUGGCUAAAACUCCUCAUCCCCUGGCGAUUCUUCCGCUUGUGGGCGCUCGUCGAUGGCAUCGAUCCACCAGAGAACAUGGUGCGUUGCAUGAGCGAUAACUACUCCGCACUUGCAUUCUGGCGAGGAUGGCAUCGCAGCUUCAACCGCUGGAUUGUGCGGUAUAUCUACGUACCCAUUGGCGGAAGCGGCUUCUCAGGGCGUUUCGGCCAGGUCAGAUCGAUAGCCAACUUUCUGGCCGUCUUCACGUUCGUGGCGCUGUGGCAUGAUAUCCAGCUAAGGCUGCUCAUGUGGGGCUGGCUCAUCACACUGUUUGUCAUACCCGAGAUUAUGGGAACGCUGGUCUUUCCGGCUCGUCGCUGGAAGGACUGGCCGCAUGCGUAUCGGCGCAUUUGUGCUGCCGGGGCUACGCUCAAUAUCCUUAUGAUGAUGGCGGCGAAUCUGGUUGGCUUCGCGAUCGGGGUGGAUGGAUUGGUGGAGUUGCUCAAGGCUAUAUUUUCGACUCUGGAUGGGCUGGUGUUUAUAUCGCUGGCUAUGACCGCGUUGUUCAUGGCGUCGAAUAUCAUGUUUGAGAUUAGGGAAGGGGAGCUGAGAAAGGGCAUCAGGAUGAAGUGCUAG